UCUUUGCUUCGCCAUGCCUCGUGUGUUUACAUGGUCCUUUAAAAUCAUAAAAGAAAUACCAGUGAUCAUUACACAGUGCUAUCAUCUGACAGAAUGUGCAACCGGGGCAUGGUUCUCUUAGUCAUAACUGUUCAGGAUGGCUUAUCUUGGCAUUGCAUCGACGGAGGGGAAACGACGGCAGUAAGGCAUUAACCAGCCGUGUAAAUGAAUAAAUCACUGUGACAUCUUUGGGCUGCGGCUCGUAAAGCCUGAAGGAGCAGCAUCCACUUCAGACUUUGGUCAGAACCUGCUGGAGAGUACAGUUGAGGUGUGAGAAGAGUCACAAGGUUUCCUAUCAGUCUGGUGACAGCUUUUACCCAGUUUUAAAGGCCUGGGGUUGCCAUGGCGUUACGCCGCUCGUCGUUUUGGGCGGCUGUGCUGCUCCUGGCCUCCGUGGAUCUCUGGUGCUCCUCUUCCUCGCCUCCCUGUCCGGAAUCCUGCGUUUGCCGAGAAGCUCUGCUGCUGAACUGCUCCUCGGCUGGCCUGUCCUCGGUACCGCAGCCCGUCCAGGACCCGAUCGCCGAGCUCGACUUGUCUCAUAACCUCCUCAGCUCUGUCACUUUUCACCAACCGCAUCCCAACCUCAGGAACCUAUGGCUGGGGAACAACAGCAUCCCACACUUGUCUCUCUGCAUAGAGAGAACCGUCCCGGCUCGACGGCUCGGGCGUCGCUCGGCGGCUGGGAGCAGGUCCAGGUGCCUGACCUGGGCCCCGGCCUUGCAGCUGCUAUCAGCUGAGAGGAACCUGCUGGAGCGGCUGCCGAGGGGCCUGGAUGCUGUUGAAUCCUUACAGGUCCUGGAGCUGUCUUUCAACAGGAUCUCAAGUCUUGAACCGGGAGUCCUUGGUGACCUUCAUCGGCUGCAGGAGCUUCAUUUACAGCAUAACCUGAUUACACAUCUGGAUCCACAGAUGUUUCAGAAUUUAGAGCAACUCAAGGUUCUUGACAUGAGGUUCAACAUGUUGUCAACCAUGCAGCAAUUGACAUAUCUCACUUUGCGCAACAUUGGAGCAGAUGUUAAGCUGGAUGGAAACAGGUGGCACUGUGACUGCAACAUGCGUAGUAUAAGAAGGCAGAUGGCUUAUGACAGCACCAGAGGCCUGCAGACCUGGAACAUCAUAUGUUCUGAGCCUUCCACCAUCUUGGGCAAAGACCUUCUGCAGCUGGAUGAGGAGGAGCUAACAUGCUUAAGCUCUGAAAACAACUUAGAUCUUCACCGAGAUGUGACAGUGUACAGUGGCGCCGAGAUCCUGCUCUCCUGCUCAGCACAAGAGUCAGAGUGGUGGACACGCGAUGGUCGAGCAUCUGUGAGCCAGCAAGAAGAUCGUCUGCUCAUCAGUGACUUUUCAGAGGGAGAUACAGGAUUGUAUGUGUGUGUGUCUGAAGAAGACCACGUUCUGUCUGUUUUUAACCUCCAAAUCAGUAAAAUGAGAGGUCCAAGACAGGAAAGAAGCUUAACCGGGAUCCGCAGUAAUACAACCCCACAAAGUGGGUCCGUUGGAAUCGCAGCUGGGGGCUUUACGCAGUCUGACAUGGCUUUGGCAGUGUGUCUAUCGAUUAUCCUCACAUUUCUGUUGGCGUUCGUCCUCGGAGUCCUGGCGAGACCAUGUAUCGAUAGGCUGUGGAGAAGGGUCAGCAAAAAGAAAGACUCCCCAGCGACUCAUACCGUCACUUCUGCUCAACAUUACGACAACAGGGCCUUUUCAAAUGCUGAGGAACCAGAAGAGAUAGGACCUCAUAGGGAGAGAAGAGUCACUUUCAGCCACUUAGAGGUCACAGAGGAAAGCAAUGUACAAUAUUAUGAUACUGUGGUGAGUGCCGAUCAGCAGAGCAUUAGAAGCGACGAGGUAUUUGAGUAUCAAGAAGUCGAGGUUGACUUACAUAGGCGACCCAGGGAAAAGCAGAGUGAUGACAGUAGCUCAGCUGAAUUGGCUGCAGAGCGCCUGCGGAACAUGAAAUUUGAGCCUAUUCCUGACCCAGAUGAGCUUGAGGAGAGGAGAAGCCUUUCCUCAUCCUCAGAUUCUUCUCAAAGUGCAUCAGAAUCAGAGCAAACGACCAAAAAGCACACCAUGCCCAAGUCUCUUCAGCUGGAAGAAGACUCAUUUCAGACAAAAGCAGAUUUAUCAAUAGCCACAAAAACAGAAACCCCACAAAUAUCCACAAAGGGAAAAAGUGAAUAUCCUGGAUCCUCUCUUCUACAUACAAAUAAAGCGAACACCACAGACUCUGAUAUUUCUCAGGGUGAACCAUUUGAAUUCAGUGAUGGUGCUCAAAGUUCCUCAGCCAAGAAUGGCUAUGAUACAAAAAGUCCAGGAGAUGAACCAGAGUAUUCCUCUUCCGCUUCCUCUGAUUCAAGUGACAGUGACAGUCAAAGGGAGCCAAAGCGAACUAAAAUCAAACAAAAGACAAAAAAGAAGCAGAAGAAAGUAGCACAAAAAUCAAAACCUGGAACAAGUUCAUCAUCUUCUUCCUACAGUGAGGGCAAAGUAAAAAUGACAUAUGCUGAUGGCAGAGGCAAAAUCAACAUUCAGCAGCUUCCCCUUCAAGAGUCCAAAACAAAAAUUGAUGAUUCAGAUGAACGUUGGCCUGCUGUAGAUCUUCAGCACAUUCCUCGUCUUAAAAGGCGUCUAGAGAUCAAAGCUCGGUUGCCAAGUUCUGAUUCAUCUUCUAGUAGCGAGAGUGAGGAUGAACCAAGAGGCCAUGUGACAAAAAAUACACAGGACGGCUUACUGAUAGCAAGACCAUCCACCAGUAGUGACAGUGAUAAUGAAACUACUCGCCUAGCAGUGAAGAAACCAGGAAGGUUGGAUGUUGCACAUUUGUCAUUUCAAAAAUCUUUUCCAAAAAGUAAUGAUCCAGCAGAUUCAACUUCCUUUUCCAGCAGUGACACAGACGAUCAAGAAAAAGAUAAUAUGCUGAAACAGAGAAAAGAGAGUUUGUCAAAGAUUCACACUAAAGUCUCUCCAACAGUCCCUCCUACACCAGACACAGAUUCAAAUUCAUCUUCUAGUAGAGACAGCGACCAUGACAAGAAAGACUAUAUAACACAACCGAAACAAAAGGACUUGCCAAAAUCAGCAUUUACAACUAAAGCACCAAGCCAGUGGCCUUCAAUUGAACUUGGGAGAGUAGCAAGAAUAAAAAGACGUCUGGAUAUCAAAGCACCAAAAGCAGAUUCAGAUUCAUCACCGAGCAGUGACAGUGAGGAUGAAGCCAGAGAUCAACUGAUGAAACAAAAGCAAGAGGAAUUGCUGAUGUCAAGGCUUCCCGGUAAAGUUUCUCCAACAGUGCAUCGCAAACCAGAAAAUAGAUGGCCUGCACCUGAACUUGGGAAAACAACCCAAAUCAAGAAAAAAUUGGAUAUUAAAGCAUCAUUGACAGAGUCAGACUCAUCUUCUAGCAGUGACAGUGACAUUGAAAGAAAAGAUCAAAUGACAUCAAAAAAGAAAAUGGAGUUACAUAUCUCAAAAGUUCCAACUAAGGAAACUACAGUAACCCAAAAGCCAGCAAACCAGUGGCCUACCCUUGAUUUUGGGAGAACAACAAAAAUCAAAAAACGUCUGGAUAUCAAAGCGCCCACUGCAGAGUCCGAGUCAUCAUCUAGUAGUGACAGUGAGGAUGAAACAGGAGGCCAUGUGAUGAAACAAAAGCAAGAGGAAUUGCUAAUGUCCAAGAUUCCAAGUAAAGUUUAUCCAACAGCGCAUCCCAAACCAGAAAAUCGUUGGUCUGCACCUGAUCUUGGCGAAACAACCCAAAUCAAGAAACCUGUGAAUAUCAAAGUAUCAUCAACAGAUUCAGAUUCAUCUUCUAGUAGUGACAAUGAUAAUGAAACAAAACAUCAAAUAACACAAAAGGAGCAAAAUGAAUUAUAUAUUUCAAAACUCCCAACUAAUGUAACUACAGUAACCCAAAAACCAGCAAACCAGUGGCCUUCUCUUGAUUUUGGGAGAAUGACACGAAUAAAAAGGCGUCUGGAUAUCAAAGCACCGAAAGCAUAUUCAGAGUCAUCAUCCAGUAGUGACAGUGAGGAUGAAACAAGAGGGAAAGUAAUGAAACAAAAGCAAGAGGAAUUGCUGAUGUCCAAGGUUCCAAGUAAAGUUUAUCCAACGGUGCAUCCCAAACCAGAAAAUCGUUGGUCAGCACCUGAUCUUAGCAAAACAACCCAAAUCAAGAAACCUGUGGAUAUCAAAGUAUCAUCAACAGAUUCCGAUUCAUCUUCUAGUAGUGACAGUGACAGUGAAACAAAACAUCAAAUAACACAAAAGCAGCAAAAUGAGUUAUACAUUUCAAAACUCCCAACUAAUGUAACAACAGUAACCCAACAACCAGCAAACCAGUGGCCUUCUCUUGAUUUUGGGAGAAUGACACGAAUAAAAAGGCGUCUGGAUAUCAAAGCACCAAAAGCAUAUUCAGAGUCAUCAUCAAGUAGUGACAGUGAGGAUGAAACAAGAGGGCAAGUAAUGAAACAAAAGCAAGAGGAAUUGCUAAUGUCCAAGGUUCCUAGUAAAGUUUAUCCAACAGCGCAUCCCAAACCAGAAAAUCAUUGGUCAGCACCUGAUCUUGGCAAAACAACCCAAAUCAAGAAACCUGUGGAUAUCAAAGUAUCAUCAACAGAUUCCGAUUCAUCUUCUAGUAGUGACAGUGACAGUGAAACAAAACAUCAAAUAACACAAAAGCAGAAAAAUGAGUUAUACAUUUCAAAACUCCCAACUAAUAUAACAAAAGUAACCCAAAAACCAGCAAACCAGUGGCCUAUCAUUGAUUUUGAGAGAACUACAAAAAUCAAAAGACGUCUGGAUAUCAAAGCACCCACUGCAGAGUCCGAGUCAUCAUCUAGUGACAGUGAGGAUGAAACAAGAGGCCAUGUGAUGAAACAAAACCAGGAAGAACUGCUAAUAUCCAAAGUACCAAGUAAAGUUUAUCCAUCAGUACAUCGCAAACCAGAAGAUCGUUGGUCAUCACCUGAUCUUGGCAAAACAACCCAAAUCAAGAAUCCUAUUGAUAUUGAAGCAUCAUCAACAGAUUCAGAUUCAUCUUCUAGUGGUGACAGUGAAACAAAACAUCAAAUAACACAAAACCAGCAAAAGGAGUUAUACAUUUCAAAACUCCCAACUAAUGUAACAACAGUAACCCAACAACCAGCAAACCAGUGGCCUACCCUUGAUUUUGAGAGAACUACAAAAAUCAAACGACGUCUGGAUAUCAAAGCACCCACUGCAGAGUCGGAGUCAUCCUCUAGUGACAGUGAGGAUGAAACAAGAGGCCAUGUGAUGAAACAAAACCAGGAAGAACUGCUAAUAUCCAAAGUACCAAGUAAAGUUUAUCCAUCAGUACAUCGCAAACCAGAAGAUCGUUGGUCAGCACCUGAUCUUGGCAAAACAACCCAAAUCAAGAAACCUAUUGAUAUUGAAGCAUCAUCAACAGAUUCAGAUUCAUCUUCCAGUAGUGACAGUGACAAUGAAAGAAAAGAUCAAAUCACACAAAAGGACCAAGAUGAGUUAUACAUUUCAAAACUUCCAACUAAUGUAACUAUGGUAACCCAAAAACCAGCAAACCAGUGGCCUACCCUUGAUUUUGGGAGAACAACAAAAAUCAAAAAACGUCUGGAUAUCAAAGCGCCCACUGCAGAGUCCGAGUCAUCAUCUAGUAGUGACGGUGAGGAUGAAACAGGAGGCCAUGUGAUGAAACAAAAGCAAGAGGAAUUGCUUAUGUCCAAGGUUCCAAGUAAAGUUUAUCCAACGGUCCAUCCCAAACCAGAAAAUCGUUGGUCUGCACCUGAUCUUGGCAAAACAACCCAAAUCAAGAAACCUGUGGAUAUCAAAGUAUCAUCAACAGAUUCAGAUUCAUCUUCUAGUGGUGACAGUGACAAUGAAAGAAAAGAUCAAAUCACACAAAAGAAGCAAAUGGAGGUACAUAUCUCAAAACCUCUAAGUAAUGUAACUACAGCAACUCAAAAGCCAGCAAACCAGUGGCCUUCCCUUGAUUUUGGGAGAAUAUCACGACUUAAAAAACGCCUGGAUAUCAAAGCACCUACAGUGGAUAAAGAUUCAUCAUCUAGUAGUGAUAGUCAGGAUGAAACAAGAGGGCACGUAAUGAAACAAAAGCAAGAGGAAUUGGUGAUGUCCAAGAUUCCAAGUCAAGUUUAUCCGACAGCGCAUCCCAAACCAGAAAAUCGUUGGUCUGCACCUGAUCUUGGCAAAACAACCCAAAUCAAGAAACCUGUGGAUAUCAAAGUAUCAUCAACAGAUUCAGAUUCAUCUUCUAGUGGUGACAGUGACGAUGAAACAAAACAUCAAAUAACACAAAAGCAGCAAGAGGAGUUCUACAUUUCAAAACUCCCACCUAAUGUAACUACAGUAACCCAAAAACCAGCAAACCAGUGGCCUUCUCUUGAUUUUGGGAGAAUGACACGAAUAAAAAGGCGUCUGGAUAUCAAAGCACCCACCACAAAUUCAGAUUCAUCUUCCAGUAGCGACAGUGAAGAUGAAACAGGAGUGAAAAAACAAGAGCAGUUGCUGAUUUCACAGCUUCCAGGUAAAGUUCCUCCACCAGUUCAUCCAAAACCAGAUAAUCGUUGGUCUGUACCUGAUCUUGGAAAAACAAAAGAAUUCAAAAAUCCUCCAGAUACUAGGGCACAAUCAGCAAACUUUGAUUCAUCUUCUAGUAGUGGCAGUGAUAGUAAAAGAGACAAAAUUACAAAACUGAAACCAGAGGAUUUGCUGAUAUCAAAGCAGUCAGUACAAACAAGCCAAAAAGCAAGUCAAAAGCAAGGAAACCAAUGGCCUUCCCUUGAUCUUUGGAGAAUUAGACAAUUUAAAAGGCGUCUUGAUAUCAAAGCACCAGCAGCAGAUUCAAAUUCAUCUUCUAGCAGUGACAACGAUGAUAAAACAAGUGGGCAUGUGGUACAACAAAAACAAGAGGAACUUCAGAUGACAACGUCUUCUUCUAAGAUGCCAGCAAAGGUAAAAUUUGAAAACCGUUGGCCUUCAUCUGUUUUUGGCAAACCAGACAUCAAGAGUCCUCUCAAUAUUAAGGUACCAUCUCCAAGUUCUCACUCAUCUUCUAGCAGUGAGGAUGAGACAAGAGGCCACAUAAAAACACAAAAGCAAGAAGAAUCACUUAUCUUAAAGAAUCCAGCUGACAUAACUCAAUCAUUAAGCUCUAACUCAGAAAAUCAGUGGCCUUCCCUUAGUCUUAGCCAAAUACCAAGUAUUCAAAGACGUCUAGAUAUCAAAGCUGCUAUACCUCGUGAAUCUGCAUCACAAUCAUCUAGUAGUGGAAGUGAGGAUGAGAACAGAGACCAGAAAGCUAAAAUCAGAAAAGACCAAUCCUUUACAUUAACACCCACAAACAAGUUCAUAAGAUUACAUGUAGCUCCUGGGAUAAACAUUCCUUACAAUCCAAAGACAGCCCACAACAUCAAAUUGGAAAAGUAUACUGAUAUUUUAGGUAACCUGGAGGACAUGCCAACAAAUGACACCAGUAGAACAACACUUGAGGUAGACCCAGAGCUUCAGUCAAGAUGGGCCACUAUGAAUCUUGGCGUCUCCCGCUUCCGAAAGCGUCUCGAAAUCUCAUCCCAUGCAACAGAAUCCGAUCUGAACUCCCCACCAGACUCUCCUUUCUCCUCCGGCAGUGAAAGCGGUUCUGGGAGAAGACAAAGACUAAGGAGAAGAAUUGUUGGGAUCCAAGAAACACACAAAAGUUCGUCUCCAGGGCUGGAAACUUUUCAACUAAAUGUGUCUCCAACUCCAAAGACUCCAGAAGACAAGUUCACUUUCUCAGAUGUAGUUAAGCAGAGAAUAAAUAAAAAUCACAGUGAUAAAGAUUCAACUAGUCCAUCAAAGCAGAGCUCUAAUUCUUCUUCUAGCAGUGACAGUGAGGAUGAGACAAAAGUCCUCUCUGUUACUGACCUGAGUCGUGGUAUUCCACGCAUCAAGAGGCGUUUAGAUAUCAAGGCACCGUCUCCAGAGCCAAGUAAUACCCCACCUUUUGACAUUCAGAAUGAAGACUUGACAGAGCACAAUGCAGUGCAAAGCGCACAAACAACUAUCGUUGGACCAGCAGAUGAAUCACUUAUCACUUAUAAGCAAUCUAUUUUCAAUUCCUCAUCACUACCAAGCAGUUCUUUCACACCGAAUGGCAGUCGUCAACUAAAUGUUAUAUCUAAUCUUUCAAAAGACGUGUCAAAUGACAAGGACAUGUCUCUUGCCUCAAAGGCCACUGAAAGUACAAGCUUUGAUGACAUUAUAAAGAGGAGACUGAGACUAUCCAGAUCCAAGACCGAUGGUGAACUGAUGGAGAAAAUAAAAUGGACUCGUGUUGGUCAUCAUUUGCCUGACCUUUCCAGCUCCAAAUCAGAAGGUGUGGAUGUAACUUCCAAAUCUCUGCCGCCAGCUUCAUUCACUGAGCCAACUUCUCCCUCAAACGAUUCUGCCAGUAGUACAACUGCCUUUAGCAUAUUGCAGCUCAGCAAGAAGUCAGAUGCAACACAGACACACAAAUAUUCAUCACUUGGUCCUGAAGUCGCUCCCUCUCCUUCCGGUGAGGAAACCCUCCGUGUCCUUGGACACUCAUCCCAAAGGACACCCGAGAUGCAGAGGACUGCAUUAGAGGGCAAGAGUGAGAGAAAAGGCCUGAGUGCCCUAAAAGCCAUGUCACAAGAGAGGAGAAACUGGGAGUGGGAUAAAGAUACACAUCUUGUAUUUGAUACACAAGAUGGCAGCAUCUCCAAUCACAGCCAGUCUGGAAAAGACAAAGUCUUGUCUCAACAGUCUCAAAUUCAUUCUCCUUCUGCGAGUGAGUCGAAGAAAGACAUGGAUUUGUUGCUGUUGUACGGUGUUCCCCGCUACAAGAGACAUGGCAUUGGGGACUCAUUGACAGAGGCUUCACUUCCUGAUCUAGCUCCACCUCAGCAAGAUGACUGAAAAGGGUAAAAGUGGGAAUCUCCUUAAUACAGAAAAGAUCCUGCUGGUUGAAAAAGUAAAACGUAUGAGCAGGUAUGGAAUCAUCUGGCAGCCAAUUGGGAGUUUUGUUUUUUAACGUACAUUAUUUUGAAGUGUUAAUUUUUACAACCGUAUAAGCUUUGAAAUUACAUGUCAAUAUUUGUGACUAGUAAUUUUAGGAGCAUCCUCAAUUAUGUUUAAUUUUGGUUGUCACUUUUAAAAAAAUCAGCACCUUCAAAUCAAGUUCACUAUGUGAUCAUUUAGAGUCCUACCUACAUUAAAACCAUUUCCUAAAGCUGAAAUAGAGCCUGAGUAUUUGUAAAAAGAUGGACUGCAAUAAUGUCAGUUUUAUUUAUUUUUCCCCAAACAUGCUAUAAGGUCAGAGAAUCAAGGCAUCAGCCAGUAAGUUAAUAAACCUUUUUAUUUAUGUAUAUAGACAUUGGUUAUAGUGAAAACAAACAUAUAGACACUCAUUGUUUACAUACAUAUUUACAGUUGGGACAAGGCUGUUCAUCCUCCUGCAUUUUCAGUGGAGAAUACUAAAAGAUUUAUCUCUACACAGCAUUUGGUAAGCAGUGAAACAGUUAAAUUCAGUUUUUGCUAAUGGUGGAGCUCCCCCACGGAAUCGGAUGUGUGUGAUCUAACAACUGAUUUUUAUGUGCAUCGUGACAACUGCAGGAAAAAAAAAAAGUAUAUAUAUUAAAAAUAUAUAUUGCAUGAACUUCAAAAUAAAAUAAGAGUCU